AUGCGAAGUCCACCGCGUGGGGUAAACCGGGGACCAGCUCCCGAGGCGGAGCGCUACAGGAUUGGGUGGAGGAUACCAACUUGCGUGAAGUGGAACGGCUGGUCCAUCGUGGACGUAUCGUUUGCGUCAGCCACCGUCUCACGCUGGGUGUCUAACUGGCGGGUCUGGGAGGGUGAAACAUUGUCGGACCACAGCUACGUCCUUAUGGACGUGGCUGUGGUCUCGGACCCGCCAGCGGACGACCCCCUCCGACGUAGCAUCCCUUCAGCGCCAAGAUGGGCGCUGAAGCGACUACACGAGGACUUACCGAGGGCUGUGAUUAUCGGCUCCGCCUGGCCUACGGCCAAGGAGCGCGGGGCAAAAGAGGAGGCUUUGUGGAUCCGGGACACGUUGCAAAUGAUUUGCAACGUAGCUAUGCUCCGGAUCCGCGAGCAGCCCCCGAGGAAGUCUGCGUAG